GAGCCCAGGUCGCAGGUUCUCCCAUGGAUAAUCGAUCCAUUGAUGAGUCGGACAAAUAUGGAUGUACACAUGCGUGGAAAACAAUUGAUAUGUGCAAAGGACGAAGAAUUUGGGCAUGCUCCCAGACAUGCUACUUUUCUUUUAUUCUCUUGCCACACUCUGUAUCGUGUCAGCGCUUGCAUGGACAGCACUUCGGAAUCACAUUAUCAACACGACGACGGUUAUCCCUCAGCUCAGGCUUCUCCAUCCCAAACGCAAUAGGAAGAAGGUUCAGGGGACAGCAGUGGUGGCUGGAGGAAGCAUUGCAGGAUAUGCUACUGCUCGCGUUCUGUCUGAUCAUUUUGCACGUGUUGUAAUCAUUGAGCCGGACUACCGAAUCAAGAGAACUGCGACGCGCGUCGCUCAGCGUGGUCACCCUCAUUUCCCAAUGCCGAUGAUGAUUCUCAUCUGCCGAGCCCUUUAUUCAGAUUUUGAUGAAGUCGCUGCAAAGAUGGGCUGUAAAGUUCACUCACCCUUCCGAAGGUGGAUAGUUGGCACGUUUUGGUUUUGUAACUGGAGGACCACAACAGCAAACCCUUCACUCGAGUAUCAAAGGGUCGAGCUGGAAAAGACCCUCCGCAAACUUGCUGCUUCUUAUGCGGGGGAUUCUUUGGAAGUUAUCCAAGGAACCGUUACCCGCUUGCACGCUUCUCCAAGGCCACUUUCCGCUUCCAUCUCUGCCGUGUCCUACAAAGCUUCGAUGAAAUCAUCUGAGACCGUCACAAUACCCUGCGUAUUUUUCGCGGAUUGCAGUGGAGCAAGUGCAAUAGCAUCGAAAUUGCUUCCCGAGGCGAUUGUCAAUUACUCAGAGGCUGGUUCCACAGAAGCUGCAAUGGGGCUGCAGUGGGGCCCAUAUACUCGCCAUUCAUAUGUUCCAAAAGUCAUGGCCAGAUGCUUUUAUGUUCCUGUGAAGGACGAGAAGUUGAAACAACAAAUUGCCGACUUAUUACCACGGAAUGACCCCAACUGGGGAAACUGGAAUGAACUGAGGACAUUGCACUUCCAAAGCCCUGGUAUUGAUAUGGAUGGCAGUGGAGGAGGUCCAAAAGAAGGGAUCCUUAUUCAGAAGGUUCUGGAUAAUGAAUUGCUUAUCAGUUACUCCAGUCUGGGUGAUGUGACAAUGCCUAUGAAUCUUGCUCAACUCAAUCUGGUUGUUCGUGAUGUGCAUGAGGAAUUAUUCAAGCUCAAUCCGUCACUGAAGGACAUUUCACUUUGGGUGUAUGCCCUAUUUGACCUUCUCCAGGAGAGUCAAGUAGAUGAUGAGAUCCAAAUCCUCUCUGCCAGUGCUAAAAUGUAUUCCUCAUGGUACAUCGACUACUUAUCAGCACCCACACCCAACAAUUUUGUUGCUAUCGGAGAUUCUGCUAUGUGCGUUAAUCCCAUCUUCUCCCAAGGGAUGAUGAAGGCACUGCAGAAUGCAGUGAUGCUGAACACAACAUUACACAAGCACAUCACUGGAUUUACCACUGAUACCGAUGCCGCCUUAUUACCGAUUUCACGUUCCUAUUUUGCACUAGCCAAUCAAGUCUGCCUACACAUGUACAUCUUUAACCGCAUGUUUGAUUAUGGCUACCCAACUACAAAACCCCAAGAAGGGGAAACUUUGGAAUAUGGUGCUAGGUUCAGGGUAUAUUGGAAGUAUCUGAAUAGAGCCAGUCAGAAGAGUACAAUGGUGGCAAAUGUCCUUGAGGAAGCACUUGGGGGACUUAGGCCAGGUCUAGAUUUGUUUAGUCCUCUAGUGGUGGGAAGGGUUUUGUGGGAAUGGUUUCAAGGCUGAAUGUCAGGGCACCAAGCUGCUUGGAUUGAGGAUUCUGGAGGUGUUGAUGGAGUUAUCACUCAGGGAAUGAGGGUCUGCUUCAAUGGGAGUGGGGGUGUGGUCUGUGGUGAGGACUCCAGCUGAGCAGCAAGGGGGAAGUAUUACAUCAUGUAUAUUAUGCACAACAUACUUGAGCACCAAGGGGAAGUGGAAGAAAAAACUGCUUUCCUCA